UCAUGUCAAAGAAGGAGGGACUUUUUGGCAAAAUUGUUGUUUUAGAAAAAAGGGAUAUUUUGGUCAAUUGUGUGAAAAAUUCCUGGUGAAAAUUAUCUUAAAUCGUUGGCAGGACAUCCUAAGAAUCAGAAAAAGCCACAAAGGUGGCAAAAACAUCAUUUAUUUUUGGGUGAAAAAGAUUCCGAGACAUGGAUGGAGGAGACUCAAGCUUGAAAAGAUGUUCCAGUGCUCCUCUCAUUAACAACAUCACAGCUGGUAUACAAACUAUGACAUCCUCUCAAGCCACCAGCACGUCUUCCAGCAGGGAUAUCUCACCAUCUCCAGCCAUUAAUAUCUUUGCACGCACCCGUCGCUAUUCAGCCAGUUACAGCCCAUUGGCGGGUAGUACUAUGAGUCCCGGUCCCCGACUCACCCCUCGCGUCUCCCAGUUGCGCCAGGAGGAGUGCAUUGACGUCAACAGUCGCGAAGUUAAUCAUGAACGCGAGGUCCAUUGCGCCAUGCAGAUGUCUCAGAGCUGCGAGGAUCUCCGGAUAGUCACUGAGGGAUGGUCCUUCAAGAGUAGAGAUAACGAUGAUCUAACAAAUCCCCUUCAUGUCAACCUACCCUCCGGCGGUCCCCUCAGCUGUUCCAGCCCCUCACCGACAAGUCGCAGCGGCGGACUGCGGUACCAGGUGAUGUCGCCCAGUCCCACCCGAAAAACCUUUGCAACGCGACGCUCCAUGUCGCCCAAUGCCAUGCGGCCCAGCACCUUGUGCCCCGUGAAGCGCAAAUUCGACCUCGACGACAACAGCUCCACGUGCUCGCCGCCCCCCUACAAGAAGAUGUUCCUCGAGAGUCGCGGCUCAUCGCCCAUCUGCCAGACCCCAUCACCCAUCUGUCCCAGUCCCGAUUCCGGCACCUACGAGGGACGCAUCACACCAAAGUUCUUCGUCUCCAAACUCUGCACUACCUCGUCCGUGUCAUCACCCUCCUCGGCCGCCCAUUCGCCAGCCACCAACAGCAACAGCGGCGCCAGCGUCGCUUCAGCAUCCAGCGGAGUCACCGUUGAUGAAACCAUGACCCUCAUCGCUGACCACGAAGUCAAAGACUACGAUCCCACAGCCACGAAGCAGGACAUCACAGACGAGGAGUGUGCCUCCAUCACAGGGAUGUCAGCCAAUCUCGAUCGCGUUGCCGAACGUCUUGAGGUACUCAAGGACGAACGCAUCCCAAUCCCACCUUCAUCCCCAGCAAUAUGAAUCAUCUCUUCGCAAUUAUUUACUUGCGGCGCUAUCAAUUCUACACCAUCAUCAUACUCUAUCGCCCCUUCCCCCUCUCUUAAUAAGACAUACAUACUUAUACAUAUUAAGUUUUUUUUUCUCUUAUUCUUUAUUAUGUGUAUAAAAUGAUACCCGU